AUGAACUCGGAUUCUUUCAUCGAUUAUUAUGAAAUUCUCCAAAUCCCUGAAACUGCCACAGCCGAAGAAAUUCGUGAUGCGUAUAAAAAGAAAGCAUUGGAAACUCACCCAGACAGAUUUAUUCCGGGCACCAAUGAUUCAGCAAUAAAUCCUUCAUUAUCACAAGAAGAUGCCAAGGCUCUUUUUCAGAAAAUCGCUGAUGCUUACUAUGUUCUUAGUGAUGAAACCAGGAGGGAACAAUAUGAUCGAGCAAGGGCCUCCCGAAAGAGGCAAGGUAAAUCUGCAUCGACAUGGCAGGUCGAUCGAGCAGACGCAAACUUGAUCUUCAGUAAUGUAUUUGAAGAAUUGUUGAGACCAGAAGUGGAUAAUCCGCAAUGGUUUUAUGCACCGAUUGGUGCGGUUACUGGUGGAGCGUUAGGUUUUAUUUGUGGUAAUGUUCCUGGACUGGUUUUGGGUGCGUACGCCGGAAAUAAACUGGGUGCAGUCAGAGAUGCUAAAGGUGUGUCUGUAUACGAUGCUUAUUCAAAAUUAUCUGGUAAUCACAAGGCCGCUAUAUUAGCCGCACUUGCUACAAAAUUAGUUACAAGUGGCAGAAUUUAG